AUGGCUAGCGAUAAUAAUGAAUUAGCAGCAUUCGUUCUACGUCGCGGUCAGAUCAAAGGGCAGCUUACACGAUUUCAAACAUUUCUGGAUGACCCAAAGUCCAAUGUUACAACGCAAUUAAGAUUACGGGCUGAAAAGAUACGUGAAGCAUGGAGCGAAUUUGAUGCCAUACAAAAUAAUAUAGAGAUAUUAGACGUUAGUAAUGAACAGGUACAAUAUAGGUCCACAUUCGAAGACUUAUACUAUGAUUUAUUGUCAAAAGUCGACGAUAGAUUAGAGGGAAAUAACGCACUCGCGCAAGGUCGACAGUUAAUACAGGCUGAUCAAAGUGAAAAAACAAGUCACAAAUUUUCAUUUGUAAAACUUCAGCCGAUCGAAAUUCCUACAUUCACGGGAAAAUUUGAUGAUUGGGUAACGUUUCAUGACAUAUACUGUGCAAUGAUACAUACAAAUAAUUGUUUAUCAGAUAUCCAAAAAUUUUAUUAUUUAAGAAAUGCGUUAGAAGGCGAAGCAACUUCAUUAAUAAAAAAUUUGGAAACUCCCUCAUCGAACUAUGAAAAAGCGUGGAAAAUAAUUACCACAAGAUACAAUAAUACACGUAUGUUAAUACAAACGCAUACAAAACGUAUUUUUGAUCUAGAGCCAAUCAAUAAAGAAUCGGCAAUCAAAUUAAAACAAUUAACUGAUUCGAUAAACGGACAUAUGCAAGCAUUAAAAGCGCUAAACCAUGACCCAUACAAUUGGGGUGCGUUGUUAUUACAUGUAAUUUACACGAAACUUGAUACGAACACUAUCAAGCAAUGGGAAAUAGAAACGUCCAGUGAAGAACUACCUAGUGUAGAAAUGUUAGUGGAGUUCUUAGGUAAAAGGAGUCAAAUGUUAGAGUCAGUCGAAAAUGCUAGAUUACUAACAGGCAAGCAAAACGAAUCUAAUUAUUCACUAUCAAAAAUCUCAAAAGUUGGAACAUCAAAGAAGGGUGCGUCAACAUUUUUAUCUACAUACAAAAUGAAAUGUUACAUGUGUCAACAACCACACCCAAUCUAUAAAUGUACCAUAUUUCUGGCACUUGACAUAGCGUCCAGAAUAAAGAAGGUCGAUGAAUUAAAAUUAUGCAAAAAUUGUUUAAAAAAAACAGAUCAUCAUGUAAAUUUAUGUCCAUCGAGAAAAUGUAUAAAAUGUCAACAGUUGCAUAAUUCACUUUUACAUAAGGAAACAAGUUCAGUUGACGAAAAUGUCAAUAUAUUAUCAAACAAUGCAUCAGUAUCUGCGCAUACAGCAAAAGUCAACAUUGAUAGCGAAGUGUUGUUAGCUACGGCAAUAAUUAAAAUAUCGAGUCCCGCUGGCAGGCAUUCGCAUGGGCGAGUGUUGUUAGACAGCAGAUCACAGAGCAAUUUUAUAACAAACAAUUUGGUAAACAAACUCGGACUUCAGCGGGAAAAAGUAAACAUUCCAAUAUGCGGUAUCAGUGAAACGAAUAAUACAAUAAAAUAUAAGUGUUAUCGAAGAUAA